GCCUCAAGCCCAUCCUUCUUUCAGUAAAUACCAGUGCCUACCCAAUAAUAUCCUUCUCUGGCAAUCUAGGGUUUUAGGUUUUCUUCUUCGUUAAUUUGCAGCUCCAAAGUCGAAAAUGGUGAAGGGACGCCAAGGAGAGCGUGUUAGACUCUAUACUAGAGGAACAGUUCUUGGAUACAAGAGGUCGAAGUCGAAUCAGUAUCCAAACACGUCGUUGGUUCAAAUCGAGGGUGUGAACACUAAGGAGGAAGUAGAUUGGUACUUGGGGAAGCGUAUGGCCUAUAUAUACAAGGCUAAAACAAAGAAGAAUAACUCUCAUUACCGCUGCAUUUGGGGUAAAGUUUGUAGGCCUCAUGGAAACAGUGGGGUUGUUAGAGCUAAGUUCACGUCCAAUCUGCCACCAAAAUCCAUGGGAGCUAAGGUUAGAGUUUUCAUGUACCCAAGCAACAUAUGAGACCUAGCUGCUGUGAGAAAUUUGCUCAAACCUCGAAGUCUGGAGCAAGGUAUUGAAUCGAUGCUUGCUUGGACACGCCCUAGAUUUGUCUAUCAAGGUCAUUAGUGAUUAAGGACUUGAAUUUUAGAUAUUGUUGGACAUAAAUUGUUUUGGGCUGCGGAGUUACAUUUUUAGUCAUUUUGUUUAUCAUGUAUUGGGAAAUACCAAGGAGUGGACAUCUGAUUAGAUGCUGUCUAAUUUUGUUCUUGGAGUUCAUUUGGUUAUCUUUGCUCUUAAA